AUGACUACUCCAACAGGUUUCAGGUCCCGUGCCGAGUAUGAACAAGCAGCACGUCGAGGAUGGGAGAAUAGUAAAGAAUCCCAAGAGUAUUGGAUACCAGAACUGGACAUUUUUACUGGUACCUUCUUUCGUAACGGACCAGGUCUCGCUGACGUCUAUGGCUUCAAGUUGAAGCAUCCCAUUGAUGGCGACGGCAUGCUCGCGGCUCUGACAUUCGUCGAUGGACGAGUCCAUUUCAGGUCCAAAUUCGUCAAUACUUGGCAACACCAACAAGAACAAUACCAUCGCCAAUUCUUGUUUCCCGGACAAAUGGGUUCGCGAAAUGAUUCUGUUGUGGGAAACAGUUUGAAGCUCCUGUCUUCUACUGUUACUGGCAAGAAGCCGCAGAUUGGACCCUUCCGUGAUCCAUCAAACACGAAUGUGUUCUACUUUGGAGGCAAACUUCUGUCAGCGUAUGAGACCAUGCUGCCUCAUUCCAUUGACCCCUACACGCUCGAGACAUUGGGACCGGAUGACUUGAACGGCACGCUGCCUCUGCGCUCUUUCGCGGCGCACUACCGCUAUGAUGCCAAAAAGGACGUCAUUGUCACCCUCUCUCUUAAACCUGAAAUGCCAGGUGUCGCUGGAAUGAAGGCCAGACCGCCAGCAGUGCAGUUGAAUGAAUAUGACCGAGACUGGAAGUGUGUUUCCUCUCGAAUGCUCAACAUUCCAGGAUUGAACUAUGCUCAUGAUUUCGUGUUGACUCCAAACUUCUACAUCAUACACAUGACACCAUUCGUAAAAAUGACAGCUGCCCAGUUCUACGCUAUUGCUGUGGGAGCUGGUGGACCUGGUGAUUACAUGAAACACUAUCCGGAACUUCCAUCUCGCUACGUCUGUAUACCGCGAGAUGCUACAGGGAAAAUUCAGCAAUUGGACACUGGAAGGUUCCAUAUCUACCACUUUGGAAAUGCAAUGGAAGAGCCAUCGAAUGCCAAAUCAUCUUCUGAAGUGAAGAAGAUUACAUUCAAUGCUGUUUGUCUUGGUGAAAAGUUUACUAUGGAGUAUGAGAAGGGAUUGUGGCUUGCCAAUGCAACAGUCCAGCCAGGCCUACUCCACGAGUUCUCUCUGGACAUGAAAACAAACACAUGCACUCAAUCAGUAGGCGACUCUUCCAAUUCUGAAUUUCCCUCCGUACACCCAUACCGACACGGACAAGGUGGUCGCUUCGUCUAUAUGAUGUCGUCUACUGAUCCAGCAAAUCCACUACCAUUCGUGGAUCUGGUGAAGUACGACUCGGAAAAGAAGGCUCGACAAGUAUGGCAUGCACAUGGAGUUAUCGGAGAGCCGUACUUUUGUCCGAGGGGAGGCGAGAAGAGUGCUACUGAAGGAGACGAAGACGAUGGGUUUGUCAUUGUGCAGGUGUAUGUGGUGAAGGAGCAUCGAACUGAUUUCUGUUUGCUGGAUGCCAAGCAUGUUGACAAGGGGCCUAUCGCAGUGAUUCGAUUGCGUCAUCAUAUACCAUAUGGCUUCCAUGGCACAUUCUGCCCUGAAACGUUCGUGGCAGCACCACCAGCGAUGAAAAGCUCUCACUUGUAA